GGUGAAAAUUGGUUUAUUUAAAACCAUUGAGAGGAUGUAUCCGGAUAUAGAGGAUAGAGUGAAGGUUGAUGAGCAAUUAGAAAAGUUCAAGAAGGCCGAGGGUAUGUUUGGUAUGAGCAUGGCCAUCUUGACAAGGGACAAGAAACAACCCGCUCUAUGGUGGAAAAGUUACGAAGAAGAGUGCAAAGAGCUUCAAAAGCAAGCUAUUAGAGUGCUAAGUCUUACUUGUAGUGCCACCGGGUGUGAGAGAAAUUGGAGCACUUUUGAUCAUGUGCACUCGAAGAAAAGAAACCGGUUGGAGCAACAACGGUUGAAUGCUUUGGUUUUUGUGAAGUAUAACAUUCAACUUGAGUUGAGGCAAAUUAAGAGACAAGAAAGGGGUGAGACUUAUGAUCCUAUUUAUUUAUCGGAUAUGGAAUCCGAUGAUGAAUGGAUUACCGAGAAAGAAGAUCCAUGUCUACCCGAAGAUCAUUCAUGGAUGGACAUCCAAGAGUGUUUCGAAGAUGAUGAAGGAACAACUAGCAAAAAGAGAAAAAGAGGACCAAGAAAUUUAAAUGCCAUCGAUAGAGGAAAAAGAAAAGUAUUUGAAGAUGAUGAUGAAGUUGAAUUGAUUGAAGGUAGGGAAGAGGAAGAGGAAGAGGAAGAAGAGUUUGAUGAAGUGACUAUGGUAGAUGAUGAUGAAGAUGAUAUUGACCUUGGAGAUAAUGAAGAUUGAAAUGAAGAAAUGAAGACUUUUUGGAAUUUUUAACUUUGUCUAAUCUAAUUUUUGUUUUGUAUGGUCUCUUUUUGACACAAGUUACUUUACAAGUAUAGAUUAGAGUUUUGAAAAGUUUAGAACUUGUUAAGUUGUGAACCUUAUUCAUGAUGAAUGUGAAUUGCCAUACAUAUAUGUUGUGAUGUGAAUUUACAUAAAUUAUAUCAUAAAUACAUAAAUAUAAUAUAGGAUCAUAGAUCACGGUGGGGCUCGAACCCACAUCUCUU